AACAACACAUAUAAGAGCAGAGAAUCCUUCUGUCUGGCACACCUUGCACCUUGUUUUCUACUGGAAUAAUUUGUAGACGAUUAACAAAAUGCCUGUAAGUCUUUGUGGUACUUGGGACAUGGUGAGCAAUGUCAACUUUGAGCGAUACAUGAUUGCUUUAGGGACCAGUCUGUACACCCGCAAGAUUGCCCUGAAGUUAAAACAUCGUAAAGUGAUCGAGCAGGUGGGGGAUCAAUACGUUGUCAAGACUCUCAGCACCUUCAGAAACUACACUUUCUCCUUCAGAGUCAAUGAGGAGUUCGAAGAGUUCACCAAGGGGCUGGAUGACAGACACUGCAAGUCUCUGGUGACAUGGGAGGGGAACAAGGUGGUGUGCAUUCAAAAGGGCGAGAAGAAGAACAGAGGUUGGGCACACUGGAUCGAGGACGACAAACUCCAUUUGGAGUUGCACUGCGAAGAUCAAGUCUGCAAGCAAGUUUUCAAACGGGUUGUUUGAGGUCCUGCUGUGGCGCUUGCUGUGAGAAAAGAAGGUGUAUUGAUGUAAACAAAACUGUUUAUACUUCUAAGUCAGAGGGAUAUGAAGAAGGAAGAAGAACCAUGAGUUUCAACUUCUGCCUCAAAACCUGACUAAUCAAUGACAUUCAGUGAGAGGCUUGCAGACUGAGCCAGAGCGUCUAGGAGCGUGAUGUAUAUCGCCACUAGAGGGCGCCAUAAGACCGCGAACAAACAGAACUCUAGUCAACAGCAGUUUGCUCACUGUGUGUGCCACCAUUGCCUAAUCAUGUUUACAUGUAAUACAAGAACCACAUUCACUUAGCAGUCUGCAAUGUGCUUCUGUAUUUCUGCAAGCCAGAAUCAUUAUUUCACCUGAAUAUUACUAAUUAAGGACUGUGCCGCUUUUUAAAUACUUAAAAAACAUUUUGUAACUGGUUAAGUUUUUUUUUUUUUUUUUUUAUAAUCUUGUGAAGAUUUACAGUUUUUUUUGUUUAUGUAUGUGACAGAUAAAUAUGCACACUUUGUUCAUUAAAUUACUUGAAUUCAA